GCGACAGGGACGGUGUUACCCAGGCUCUCUAGUCCAGGGGCUGUGUAACGCCCAUCGUGCCGGCUUCCACCGUUCCCCUUCUCCACGACCUCGUUGGAGCAUGUUUUCUCGGGCCCAGGUGAGGCGGGUUCUGCAGUGGGUUCCCGGGAAGCAGCGACUCGGCGUCUACAGGUUCCUGCCCUUCUUCUUUGUCCUGGGAGGAACGAUGGAGUGGAUCAUGAUUAAAGUGCGCGUGGGCCAGGAGACUUUCUAUGAUGUCUACCGUAGAAAAGCCUCAGAGAGACAAUACCAGAAAAGGCUGGAAGAUGCAUCAGAGAUUGAACUUCAGCAGUCAAUAAAGUAACUAUGAAAUUUUACUACUGGUUCCAACACCAUUAAGAUUAUUUUGUUCUUAUACACAAAUGCCUUUGUGAAGAAUAUUUUAAUUUUCCUCUCUGCUUGAAUACUUCACAAAUUAUUCUUGGACAGCACUUGAGCGAAAAUUAUUUCCUUCCAAAACCCAUCUGCCCAAUGAAUCUAAUCUGUGAAACAUAUUUUGAACAAUUGAAGAAUCAAUCAGGAUGCUUUUCAGUGUCAACUGUUUGUUAACUUGUUUUUAGGCAACAAAUGAUAACCUGAUCCACUUUUUUUGCAGAAUUCAGAUUUAGUAGUGGACAUAAAAGAUCUCUACUGCAAGACAUUUAAAUCAGGACAGUCAUACUAGUUACACAUCUGUCGCUACUAAUUUGUAAACAUUUUAUUAGGGUGGUGGGAAUUUCUGACUGACAAGUUAUGUUAGGUGCUCUUGUGACAAUACAAUUAACUCUUCCCUUACCUGGCUCCAGUAACAUACAAGGGCUGGCCCUCCAUGAGGAUUAGGGAGCAUCAGGCUUCAUACCUCUUUCUGAUGAUGUUGCUUUCAUCUUGCUGCUAAAUAUAAAUAUAUCAUUUGUUCCAUAAGAAAGUGAACUUUACAGUGAACAGCAACCAGAGACUAAAGCUAAAUCAGAGGCUCACUGUUGGGACAGAUUUUACAAUUUGCCCCAAAAUAACUUUGGGUCACCUGGUAAUAAAAGAAAAGGCAUCUUUCCAGGCCUAGAUCCAACAUAACUUCAAACAAGAAGAUGUCUACAUUAAAGAAGACUAAGUUUCAAAAUAGUUUCUAACUAUUGCUCUUGAAUAAAGCAGCAGAUAAAACUUAAGGCCACAAGAUAUCUUAAAAUUAACGGUCUCUUCCUAAAAUUUUCUAUGAAUUUUUUUCUAAGUCCAUUUAUUUAAAAAUCCUUUUCAUCUAAAUAAAGAGCUACUGAGUACUUAGAUCUCAUUAAAGCAAACUCUAGAGCCACUCACUGCACAGACAUGACUAACAGCACUUACCACUUAAAGAGUUCCUGGUAAACCUAACUUAACAGGUAUUUUAGUGACAAUUAGACUGCUAUAAAGAAAUUGUCCCAAUUGUCUGGCCUUAUUCCAUGUUUUCCUUCAAGUUUUACAAAUAGUAUUCAAUAGACACAGAAAAAAAUAUAACACACCUUUUACAAAAAAUAGUAGUGAAUGCUAUAAUAAAACCUCAGGAAACCUGUGUCUGCUGUGGGUUCCUUCCCUAGCCUACCUUGCUGCCUGCACUGCAGAGAAUCACUAUCCUUAUCCUAAAUUUAAUCAGUUCUUUCCUGGAGUUUUUUCUUUUUGGUUACAAAAACGACAACAUUUGAAUCCUUAUUGAAGGAAACAAAUCUUUGAAGAUAUUAGGACAAACUCAAGACAUUUUCAGAGCAUGUUAAUAUAGACGACAGAUUAAGAAAUUAAUCUACUAAGGUACA